UCGAAUCCCAAUGUAGUUGCAGCUAAGCACGGGCAAAUCUGGUGGAUAACCAGUUUUAUUUUAUUUUUUAAUUCAGUGACAAGUGGUAAUUAUAUGAGAUAACUUUGCACUGUUCAUAUGUAAAACCACCAACAUCAAAACCGCUAUUGGUAAUAAGUGUUUCAUCCACAAUAUUACAAUUUUACCUCUUUAUCCCUUUUCUAGUUUUCUGUCGACUAGAAAAAACUGGGACAGUCUCAUCAGUCCUCAAAAAUUAUGAUUGAUGAUGACAAACCACUUUCCCGCCAUGUUCUAGUGUCGCCAAAUUGUUCAUCUUUAAAGUGCAUUAAUCAGAUUCAAGGCUGUAUUUGCAUUAUCUUUUUAAGAAUUCGAACAAGUUAUGUUAUUCAAGCGAUUUGUAGGUAACUAACCUUGGGUUCUAAAAUGCUUCCAUUGAAGUAUGACAAUCCAUUUAGUCACAUGUUAGCUCUGGAAGUGGAACUCUGGGAUCAAGCAUCGGAGUCUCUUCGCCGGAAUUCUGCAUGACAGUGGUUUGAUUGAAAGUGUGAGAAGAGUGUAGAAAUGCAUUGGAUGAGAAGUUAGGCAUUGGUUGAAAUGCUCAACUCAUGCCUAGGGAAGAAGCUUUGCUGGGAAAAACAUUGGGCAUCACGUCAUAAUACUGGUUUCGGCUAUGCCCGGUGGGCUGGUAUUAUUCCCGGUGCAAGCAACUAUGUACAGUCAAGUUUUACAUUUUCUAAUCAACAAACAACUUAAAGCAUUCGAUCAAAGGAGUAAGCCUGGAAUUAAACUAUGUCUAUCAAUCAUGCAUGGUUAAGGCGGCUUGAAGUUUGUUGUUUACAAGUUAUAUGAUCAUCAUGUAACUCUUCAUAUUACCUUUCUAUAAAUAGUAUCUUUUUGCUAACUAUGUAUUUCAUUCUUUUGUUAAUUGUUACUCAAAACAUUUUUUUUUGCUCUUUUUAUUUUAUUUUUUUUCCUUUUUUUGUUCGCUUAUAUUCUCCCUCAUGGAAAUUGACAUGUGCUUUCAAUGUUUUAACACUGGACAAAGUGCACAAGAAAAGGGACCGACACAUGUUCCAAAGUGCUAUGAGGUUCCCUCCUCUGAACGUCCCAGCUUGAGUUCACCCGAAGCUCAGAUUCCUGUCGUUGACCUGGCUGGAUUGCGAAUGGGCCCUACUCACCGCUUAGCUGUCAUUGAAAGCAUUGGACAAGCUUGCAAGCGCUUCGGAUGUUACCAUGUUGUUAAUCAUGGCAUUGACCAGUCAAUCUUAGACAAAGCACUUGGUGCUGCAGAUGAGUUUUUUCACUUACCUGCUGAUGAAAAAUUGAAGUUUAUGUCGAAGGAUGUACACAAACCAGUGAGAUAUGGGACAAGUCUCAAGGAUGGUGUUGAUAAGAUUCAAUUUUGGAGAGUUUUCCUUAAACAUUAUGCAAAUCCCUUGAACGACUGGGUUCAGUCUUGGCCUGAGAAUCCACCUGCUUACAGGGGAGACAUGGGAGCAUACUCUUCAAAAGUGCAAAAACUAGCAGUGGAAUUAGCAGGAGCUACCACAGAGAGUCUUGGCUUGGGUUCCAAGUAUCUGAGUGAGAAGAUGGAAGAAGGCAUGCAGGUAAUAACCACAAACUGUUACCCACCUUGUCCUCAACCUCGUCUCACGCUUGGAUUGCCUCCACAUUCGGAUUACAGCUGCUUGACCAUCCUACUUCAGAGCUCUCCAGGGCUUGAAGUCAUGGACAUGCAAGACGGUGGCUCUUGGAAACUUGUGCCCUACAUUAGUGGUGCCCUGCUAGUUCACAUUGGAGAUCAUUUUGAGGUUUUGAGCAAUGGGUUGUACAAAAGUGUGGUACAUAGGGCUGUUCUUAAUUCCCAGAACACUAGGAUAUCCAUUGCAAGCUUUCACAGUAAGGGGUUGCUUGAGAAGAUGGAGCCUGCUCUUGAGUUGGUGGAUGCAAAUCAUCCCAAGGCAUACAAGGGAAGUAGCUUCAAGGAUUUCUUGGAUUUUCUAAGUGCUAAUGAUGUUGGGCAAGGGAAAAUAUGCUUCCUGGACACCCUUAAAAUAAAGUAGUUAGCCUAUCCUUUA